CUCUGCAUGGCUCUCACCCUAUGUGUCUCUCUCUUAGUAUUUUGGCUGAAUUCACUAUCUCUGUUUCUUUCUCUCUCCCUAUCUCUCUCACUGUUGCUUGCCCUCCUCGCCCCUUCCUGCUCUUCCUACCUCUCCCCCCUCCCGUCUCUCUCUCUCUCCCUCUCUCUGGGCGUCCAUCCUGUCACCAGCCCAGCCAGUCAGUGGAGCAUCGGCAUGGCAACGAAGCGCCGGGCAAGCGACAGAGCACAGAGGGAGCAGAGCAGCAGCGUGCAACACUACGACGACUAGACUAGUGUUUGGUCUGUGCGGGACGCAUCGCACUGGCAACAGAUAGCAAACCGACCGCUACCGGCUGCACGCUGCCUGAGACAACACUGACGGGCUUUGUUGGACCCUGCAGCGACGCCGCCACAGCGUCUCCAGGGGGACCUUUAUUGGGGAAAGGAGAUUGCCUCUGGUGGUCCGUCUCGUGCGUGAGUGUGAAUGCUUGUCUUGUGAGUGUUUGCGUUGUGUGUGUGUGUGUGUUCUGUGCACCCAGUGCACGUGAGGUGACGUUUCAGCACCAGCAACCGAGAGGAGAGCAGCACCACACUGUCUGGCGGGUGCUGAAUGACAGAGCGAGACAGAUCGACGAGAGAGAGAGGGAGAGGAAGAGAGAGAAAGAGGGACGGAGAGACGGGGAGAGAGAGAGGGAGAAGGAAGAGAGGGAGAGAGGAAACGUCAACACUGCUGUCAUUUCAGAAGAGUUACGGAGGAGCGUGAAGACAGAAGACAGGAGACAACAGAAGAAGAGAGGGAGGGGAAGAUCGGCCAGAGGCCAAGGGGGUCAGAACUGGACAUCUGAACGGUCAGACAAUACCGGACAUCUCGGCAUCUCAACGGUCCGACAAAACCGGGCAUCUGAGCAGGGGACCUUCGCUCAUCAGAGCACCUCCUAUCCGGGCCAGCAGUGAUCUUAAACAAACGCUGCUUGUGAUCUUGACUUGGGGGUUCUGUUUCUCCCUCGUCUCAACGCAGCAUCCCGUCCCUCCCACACCGGACUCUACCCGGGGUCCUGUCCCUGGUGACCACCUUCACUGCUGCGUACGGCCCAGUGCGCUACUCUCUCCUCCACUCUUUUUCCCCGUCCCCGUGCCGUGGGGGGGACCUGACCGCCGGUCAAGACGCCGCGCGCCGUACUCCGAGUGAAGAAUGCCCCGGCGCGGCUGGCCAAGCCGGCCGACACGGGCCCGCCCCCGGGCGCCGGGCUCUACAUGGAGCGCUCCCAGAGCCGCAUCAGCCUCUCCGCCUCCUUCGAGGCGCUCGCCAUCUACUUCCCCUGCAUGAACUCCUUUGACGAGGACGACGGAGUGGAUACGGAGGGCCGGCGGCUGAAGGGGGGGAUCCAGCGGAGCACGGAGACCGGCCUGGCGGUGGAGAUGCCCAGCCGCACCCUACGCCAGGCCAGCCACGAGUCCAUCGAGGACAGCAUGAACAGCUACGGCUCCGAGGGCAAUCUGAACUACAGUGGGAUGUGCCUGGCAUCGGACACCCAGUUCAGUGACUUCCUGGAUGGGAUGGGCCCCGCCCAGUUCGUAGGAAGACAGACCCUGGCCACCACAUCCAUGGGAGACGUGGAGAUCGGGCUGACCGAGAGAAACGGGGGUCUGGAGGUGGAGGUGGUCCAGGCUCGGGGCCUCAGCAUGAAACCUGGAUCCAAGGGGCCCCCAGCGGCCUACAUUAAGGUGUACUUGUUGGACAAGGCUCUUUGUGUGGCUAAGAAGAAGACCAAGUGUGUGAGGAAGUCUCUGGACCCACUCUACAACCAGGUGCUGGUCUUCUCAGAGAGCCCCCAGGGCAAGGUGGUCCAGCUGAUUGUUUGGGGGAACUACGGCCGGAUGGACCGUAAGUGUUUCAUGGGCAUGGCUCGCAUCCUAUUGGAGGAGCUUGACCUGAGCAGCAUGGUGAUUGGAUGGUACAAGCUGUUCCCCACCUCCUCCAUGGUGGACCCCGCCAUGGGCCCACUGAUGCGGCACUCCUCCCAGAUGUCCCUGGAGAGCACCAUUGGGCCCUGCUGCGACCGCCCCUAAAACUCAUGGGAAAUGUAGUUUUUUUUAAGGUGACAUCAACCACAAGAACUAUGCUAGAGACUCAUGGGGUCAAUGUAGUUUUUGAUGUUGAACACAAGACAAGAGUUUCACUGGAAAUGUAGUAUUUGAUGUUUUGACACAAGACUAUUUUCAGAGACUCUUGGGAAACGUAGUUCCCAUUCAUAUACCAUUAUAUUGUAAAUGGGUGCCAGGGAGAACGAAAAGAACUAACUUCUUCUAGUGUUUCAAAUCUCUCACCCUGGGGAUACGUCGAAUAGCAGCGGUGUUUAAGAUGAGAACGAGACGAGGGCAAGGCCGAACGAUCCUGGUUAAUAUUUCAAGUUCGUAAAAAAAGAGAAAAAGCUGUCGGGCUGAAUCAUGCAUGGAAUGAAAGCUUCCCUCCUUGAAACACAACAGUUCAAUCCUCCCGCGCUCCACAGAGAGAUAGUUUACAGGGCUGUACCUGACUAGGUUCUCCCAGACCUGUAGGAGACAUACGCCGAAAAGCGUAGGGUUUGAGGUGAAGAUGGCGAGGAUGUUGGAGUAGCGAUGAGAUUUAGAAACUACACUUUAUUGUGCCCACGCCGGAAUUCUCUAUGGCAAUUAUUCUGCAAUUACAUUUUUAAGAUAUUUAUUUUUGAAAGAUCACAACCUGUGUAAUAAUUCUCAAAUCUCCAAUCCAAUGGACGCCAAUCUCUAAUCUACUGUGCCAAUCUGUACCAGGAGGUGUCUUUGUGGUCUUACACCUUAAAUACAUUGGGGGUGCUUCUGGAGUCCUCUGGUGGUUUCCAGAGGGGAGGGUCGUGUCAGGCUGUGAACAGGCUUGUAUUCCGGACGGGAUGAGAAGCUACAACAUCCCCUGCUUGUUGUAAAUGACAGACCACAUCAGCCUCGUGCUGAUUAGCCAUCUGGGCUGGGAAGGAGACGACUGAGAGGCAGGGCCUGAACGAUACAGCCAGGAGAAUAGAGUUCACUUGUACGGAUUGGCUGGAAAAGAUAAGAAGAUUCGUAAGAAUUUAAAGGGAACAAUGUAUACUUUCAAAAUAUCUAAUUGACCUCGUUUUUUUCUGAUUUGAAUUGGGUCUUCUUUUGGUUUGAUUCAUCAUCCAUAUCAUUCCGUCAAUGCAUACCUUUUUAAAUCCCAAUUUUCAGAGAUUUUGGACCUUUCAUUUUUGGAGAUGUAGCUUAGACGUCUUAUAGGGAAAAGUAUUAUUUGAAGUGACCAAUUUGUUUUUACGUUGGUGGCCAGAUAUUAUAUUGGUUAGAUUGGUUUUCAAUUUGUGUUUUUUUUUUUUUAAUAAAACAUAAAUAUAAAUCUAGAAAAUUCACUAAAUAACUUUUUUUGAAACAAUCGUUGUUUGAGUAGCACUGUCCCAGGGAUCUCUUUUCCAAACAAAUGAACUUUAUAUGAAGCAAUAAACAGAUCCAUUCCGUUCUUUAUAUGUUGAGGUACACUGCUCAAGUAUCAUGCUUGCAAAUUAUUUUGUCUUUGUGAUUUCCUAAAAAAAACAUUAGUACUAGAGGAAAAGUUUGACAAUUCCAGUAUUUUUCUCAAAUACUUUUCUUAAAAGUCACACAAAUUAAUGUAAUUUGUAGUGUUACCAUUUACUUUUUCUUGUUCAUGUUAUUUGGCAAGGUCAUGUUUUUUUUGCAAUGUUUACUGUUUUUCAUCACUGUUGCUCUCAAUGUAUUUAUUUUCAGAAUUGGAGCAUGUCAGAUUGUUAAAUAUUUUGGGAUAGAUGUUUAUGUUAAAAACAAAACAGACCAACCUUUUGGUGAGACGCAUGGGAAAAUAUUACAUACAAAUUAUAUCUGUUCCAUUUUUAUAUAAAUCUUGACAUGUUUAGUUUAGUUCAUUUUAAUACAGAAAACUAAAAUGAAUACUUAUUACUCUAAGAUCAUGUAAAAAAUAUACAGAAUUAUAAUAUUUACUUACAAAUGACCAUAGGAAUGUUUUUGGUCAAACUUCUUUGUGCCAAAAAAUUGUAAUAUUAUAGAGGGCUGAGUGUUCAAAUGAGGACCAAUGAAGGGAAACACAAACCUGAUAUCAAAAUUGUGGUAACUGCACAUUCAACACAUUCUACCCUAAGGGAACUGACAUGUUGUCUUGCUGUUGUUUAAAAAAUUGUGCAAACUCACAAGGUACAGAAUAUUGCAUGAAAAUAAGCUAUGUUAGUCAUGACUUCCUCUCGUGGAAAUCUGAGAAGAGAAUGGUAGCCAUUACAGAAUUGUCCCGGAUUGAAACAUCCCCAUUCCUGCAUUAAUAGUUGAAAUGCUGCAAGGUUUAGAAGGUCUAGACAAAACAUUUAAACGGUCUGGACAAAACAUUGAAACGUCGUAAGAUAUUUUAACUUGAUACAGCCUUCUGCUGAGAAGCAUAGUUAUGUACCUUUGCUAUAGCUUAGCAGCAAUGCUAAAUAAAUACAUACAUAAAUAAAUAACUUUCAUACAGAAUUUGCAGCUUUGCAAAAACAUUUACAACCAAUUUACGAUGGACCGGUGUAUUAUGGAAGUUCUAAGAUGGCUACCUUUAUAGACUUUUCUAUUGAAUGAGAUGACAAUGAGUUUAAUGUUAACCUGUUUACAGAGUACCCAUGCAAAAAAUAACAACGCUCUGGGGUUUUGCUAUAUCCGUUGGAGGAAGAACUAAAACUUAUGCCAACCUUGCUAGGAUGCUUUUACGUAUGUUGUUACGUCGCUAUUUAUGUGGUUUUUGGCUCAGAACCGUCCAAACACUUUGUCGAACAUUCUCAUCAUUGAUUAUACUGUUAAAUUCAAACAGAUGUUAAAACUUUGUAACAAGAAUCAGCUAACAUUUUAGACGUUGAGCACAUCUAUAAGUGUGACACUAUCAGAGUGUUGUGUCGGGACCCCCCCA